GCGGCGGCUGCAGCGGAGCGCGGCGGCGGCGGCGGCGGCGGCAGCAUGCGGGAGGGGCGGUUCAGGGACAACUUCUGGAGUACGGAUCUGACAAGCACAGUUGGCUAUGACAGUAUCAUUCAACACCUGAACGACAGCAGGAAGAACUGCAAAGAAUUUGAAGACUUUUUGAAGGAAAGGGCAAUUAUAGAAGAAAAAUAUGGCAAAGAGCUCAUUAACUUGUCGAGGAAGAAGCCCUGUGGGCAGACAGAGCUGAACACAUUGAAGAGAUCCCUGGAUAUUUUCAAGCAACAGAUCGACAAGGUGGGACAAGGUCACAUCCAGCUGGCGCAAACCCUUCGGGAGGAAGCAAAGAAAAUGGAGGACUUCAGGGAAAAGCAAAAACUGAAUAGGAAGAAGAUAGAGCUGAUAAUGGAGGCAAUUCACAAAAACAGGAAUUUGCAGUACAAGAAGACCAUGGAGGCCAAACGGCUCUAUGAGCAGCGCUGCAGGGAUAAGGACGAGGCGGAACAGGCUGUGCACCGCAACGCAAACCUGGUGACGCAGAAGCAGCAGGAGAAGCUGUUCCUGAAGCUGGCUCAGACAAAAUCAGCUCUGGAGGACUCUGACAGGAGUUACCAGCAGAACGUUAGCACACUGGAGAAGAUCCGGGAAGAAUGGCAGAAAGAGCACAUCAAAGCUUGUGAGUUCUUUGAGACUCAGGAGUAUGAGCGGAUCAACUACUUCCGCAAUGCCCUUUGGCUUCACGUCAACCAGCUCUCCCAGGCCUGUGUCCAGAAUGAUGAGAAGUACGAGGAAAUCCGCAAGAGUUUAGAAAUGUGCAGCAUUGAGAAGGAUAUUGAUUGCUUUGUAAAUUUACGCAAAACUGGAACUUUGGCCCCAGCUCCUGUUGUUUAUGAAAACUACUAUGACACACAGAGAAAUGCAACUCCUGUGAGAAGUCCAGUUCCUGUACCUAUAUCAAGGAGGGGACCCCUACCCACCCCGACCAGUGUGCCAGAUGAGGCUGAUUACACCACAGUUGAUGGCUACAGCUUGAUACAUCACUAAUACCCACAGUUCUCCAGGCAGAAGACACUGUUGGUCUGGACAGCGUGGCAGAGGUAGUGUUUCAAGUUAUUACCAGCCACAGAGAGCUGAAGUGCAUCUCCAUUUUGAGAAAGUAUUUGAGGUGUCUGAUAAUUAUUUGUACAUUCAGAAAGUGCCUACUAAAAAUCUAUGCCUUUGAUCAGCAAACUCCUUAGUCGGAUAUCCCAUCUUCACACUCAGGGGAAGAAAAGGAAUAUAAGCAAUGGACCCAGGCACAGGGCGACCUUCUGUGUUGGAAGAGGUUUUUGAUUUGAAGUUCUUCUAAAGUGCAGCCUUCCGGGAGAGGCUGGAGUCUCCCACACUCCAGAUAACUAGAAAAGUCAUAUGUGCUGAGGGAGGCAACGCCAUGCUUUGGGAUAUGUACAUCCUUGUGGUCAGGACGUACAUAUCCCACUCAGACCUCAGGUUAUGCUUUUGCCUGUUUCUAAAGGCUUUCGUUAAUGGUGAUUAAACUUGUAAUUUAGAUUUAAUUUCAGUUGUGUCUCUCAGGGAGCUUACCAAACAUGGAGGAGACUAUGGGUCUGGAUUAGUGAGAUGGGCUCCAGGCUUAAGCACCAAUACUAGGAGCUGAUUUGCAUCCUGCCUUGUGCAGCGGUCCACAGCGCAGCUACCUAGUGAAAGGCUGUGCCACCACAAACCUGCUGGGGAGUCCUGCACCCUGCAGCACUGAGGAGGACCUGAAGGAAGUUGGUCAGCUCUUCCAACCGCCUCUCUGAUGAGGGGAUUGUGGGUUUUUAGGCUCAUGGUAUAGCUUGACUCCAGUAGGCUCUGGAGACCCCCAUUUUAUUAACUUCUGGGAAUCCCUGAAUGUGGACUCGUUCUGGCUAUGCACCACUAAAAACAAACUGUUGGCCUGGAGCCAUGAAACUCGGUUCCUGACCAGGUCUCCUCAAAGUUAAUGCCCUUUUUGUUACUGUAUAUAAGAUUAUGGCUUUGGUUCAGAAGCUCACAUGCUUCUGCUGCUUUUCUUUCUGAGGUCCCUGUGUGCAGUGUUGUGUAACAGCUCCUCAGUGCCUUACAGCACUGGACACGGGGGACCGGGACAUGGGGAUCAGCACACAAUUUAGCUGUCUAAACCUGGUGCCAGGUGACUAGCUUCAGAGCAAGAGCAGUUGCUACUUUUAUGAUGUUCUUCACGCUGAAUCUGCAUGACUUCAGCGUGUGCCUAAGCCCGCCAGUCCCUGGGGCUUUUACUGUAUUUCCUUGUGCAGAGAAGGUCACUGUGAGCUUUAACGUCUGUUCUGCUGCAUUAUAACAAACUGUGCAAAGUGCGUACGUCAAGGAAUUAGUUGUCCUAUUUUAUUUCUGAAAGACCAAGUGUACAAAUAUUCUUCUGCUGUAGACUUCUUUAAAUACAUAUUUUAA